ACUACUCCCUCUGAACCUAAAUACUCGUCGUAUGUUUAGGAAAAAUAUAGGCUAAAAUGUGUCUAGAUUCAUUGAACCUGCGACAAGUAUUUUGGACCGCAAGGAGUACUACAUGUGCCGCAUUUACCUUACCGUCCAGGAACCUCAAGCUAUGAUGAAUGAAAACAUGGUCUAGUGAAGCAGAUCAAUAGGCUGUUGCCCUAAUGAAGCCCCUGUAUAUUAAUAAGAAUAUUAAUUAUCCAGUGAUUACUGUUAAGAAACUAUCUUCAUGAUUUCUGAAUUAUUAACUUUUGUUAUGUUGUAAAGCAUAAAUAAAACAUCUAGAAUUUCCAAGAUCAGCUUGUGCUCAGUAAAAUGCGGUGGUCCGUCUCUGUUAUAUUUAAUCAGUCAUUUCUUGUUACUAAUUAAUCAUCUGGAUGCAUUUGGCUCUUUUAUUUUAGAAUGAAUCAACUUCUGAUAAUGUUUCUACUGUCAUAGUCUCGUUAAUUAUCUAUGUCCUGGACUCUGAUAAUGUUUUCUUAAGGGGAAAUUUUGAACCAUGCCACCGCAAAGGUGUACCUAUGAAGUAUUCCACUGCAUGUGCCAGUGACAUGUGAUCAUUCAACCCCGACAAUUUUCGAAGUCAGGAGUAUUUUUCAAAGUUGCAAAUUUUAUAGUGGCAUGGUUCCAAUUUUUCCUCCCUUUUUGUAAGAAAAGUAUGAGUAGCGCCUUUUCUUACAUUAACAGAACAGGUUUACAAAUCAGAAGCACUGGUACAAGGUGAACAGCAUAUCAACUAAAUAAUUUCUGAAUCAGGAUACUAUUGUUCUGUUUUCAUGUACUGUACCACUGUUGCUGCCUUACCGGUAUUCGACAGUAAAAAAUUAUGGACUAAUGGUGUUUAUACUUCUUUCAAUUUAUUUUACUACAGUUGUGCAUCUCCAUUGGAAAAGCUAAGUUUCCUUGGUGCGAAACAAAACUAUGGACACACCAGAGCGUACUGCAUGCAAAUCUGUUCUAAUUGACUUUGUUGGAGGAAGGAGCAAAAGCUUCAGUCGACUCACUUCAUAUCAUCCCCUGAGAGUUCUUUUCUUUGCAACUUUGGAACGCUCAAGGCGGCGACGGAACUGAAGCGUUUCGGCAAUGACUGGAUCGAGUUCGGCUGGUGAAAGACCUCACUGUCGCUGGCUAGAAUGGCAUCAUCGGCGGCCAGGGUGCUGCCUCCCUGCCCUUCAACAAGUGCCCCAUCCGAAAGGACUGCAAAGUCCUCCCCACCAGCGUUCUGUUCAUGAACAAUCAGAACACGGUGGUGCGCGACAUCGUGUCUGUGAACAGCAAGUUCUUCCACAUCGUGCUGCUGCAGAACAACAACAUGAAGAUGAUCAACCUCCGCAUCAACGCGCCAGAAAACAGCCCAAACACGGACGGCACCCACAUCGAGCUUAGCAGCGGUGUGAUCAUCGCUGACACCCACAUCAGCACCUGCGAACGAUUGCAUCUCCAUCGGCCAGGGGAAGUGGGGAACGACAACAUCGACAUCGCACGCGUCCACUGCGGCCCGGGCAAUGGCAUGAGUGUCGGCAGCCUUGGACGCUACGUCGACGAGGGCGACAUCACUCACAUCCACGUCAAGGAUAUGACCUUCGAGGGCACAAUGAACGGUGUCCGGAUCAAGACAUGGGAGAACUCACCCACCAACACCAAGAGCCUGGCUGUGCACAUGCUGUUUGACAACAUGGUGAUGAAGGACGUGCAGAACCCCAUCAUCAUCGACCAGAAGUACUGCCCUUACUACAACUGCGAGCACAAGUACGUCUCAGGGGUGACCAUCAGGCAUCAAGGACAUUUCAUUCAAGAACAUCAAGGGCACCUCGUCCCUGCCGGUGGCCGUGCUACUCCGAUGCGGCGUUCCGUGCCAGGGCAUGGUGCUGUAGGACAUCGACCUGAAGUACAAGGGACAGGGCGACACCUCAAAGUGCAAGAACGCCAAGGCCAAGUACACAGGCCACCAGUACCCAAAGCCAUGCGCCUAGCCCGCUCUGGUGGAUGCACGGGUGCUGAUGGGAGCUUAACUUGAAUGAUUCUUGUUUUUCUUCUUGAAAUUAAUCCUUCCUAGACAAUUUUGGCGUUUCUUGUUACUUAGAAGUUUUUUUGGUUGUGGCGUUUCUUGUUAGUUAGGUGCUUAUUAUUGGACCAAAGGGUGUUGAAGUUCAUUUAAAGUUUUUUACCAUUGCCCA